AUGUCAAUACUAACUGGUAACUGGUACCAAGACAGUGGAGCCACACAACAUAUGACUUCCAACAAAAGCUGGUUUGUGAAUUUGAGACAACUGAAGCAACCUGUAACAGUCAUUAUGGGGGACUCAAAUCAACUCAAGGCCUCAGCGUUUGGAGACAUAGAACUUGAAGAAUACAAUGGUAACAACUGGAGACUAGUCAUUCUGGAAGACGUACUCUAUGCACCAGAUUUGAACUUUAACUUGAUUUCACUCAGUCAAGUGAUGGACAGAGGACACAUUGAGACGUGCAACAAAAGUGUAUCAAUUAUCAAGUCAAGUGACAACCAAACUGUUCUUACCAUGGCUCAACGAGAAGGAAAUUUGUAG